AACAACUAAUUUUCCAUUGUAUUCCUCAUUGAUAUUUAUAGAGGAAUUCACGUGCGGGUACGAACUUAUAGGAUAAGCAGUAGCGAAGUCAGUGGUGAGAGAGAGUGUAUUGUGUUCAUCAUCAUGAUCACUCAUAGUGUUGUUGUGGUGGUGCGGCGGUGGUUAUUGGUGCUUAUAGUAGUGCUGUUGCCACUGUGUUAUGGUGGCAUAGUAAGCAUUUCUGGUCAGAAACUUGAUGAUGUUGACAAGCAGUUGAAGCACUUGAACAAGCCUGCUCUUAAAUCCAUCAAGAGUCCAGAUGGAGAUAUAAUUGACUGUGUCCAUAUUUCUCAUCAGCCAGCUUUUGACCAUCCUUUACUGAAGAACCACACCAUUCAGAUGAGGCCAAGUUACCACCCAGAAGGGCUAUUUGAGGAGAACAAAGAAUCCAUUCCAAAGUCCAAUGAAGGAAUAUCAAAGUCAAUUACUCAGCUAUGGCACUUAAAUGGAAGGUGCCCAGAAGGAACUAUUCCCAUUAGAAGAACAAAAAGGAAAGAAAUACUCAGAGCACGCUCUAUCAAGAGUUUUGGAAAGAAGCAGCAUGGAAUCAUCCCUGAACCAACAAUGUCUACUCAACCCAUCAAUCUAAGUGCUCACGAGUAUGCAAUGGUUGUUGUUCAAGGAGACAAGUAUUAUGGAACAAAGGCAACCAUGAACGUUUGGAAACCCAUAGUCCAGCAAUCCAAUGAAUUUAGCUUGUCCCAGCUCUGGAUCGUGGCAGGUUCUUAUCCUUCGAAUCUCAACACUAUUGAAGCUGGUUGGCAGGUUUACCCAUAUUUGUAUGGAGAUGCCAACCCCAGACUUUUCAACUACUGGACUAGAGAUGCAUAUAACACCACAGGAUGCUACAACUUGUUCUGCUCAGGCUUUAUUCAAACUAGCAAUAAAAUGGCAUUGGGGGGCACCAUCUCCUCUAUUUCUGCUUAUGGUUCUUCCCAAUAUGAAUACAACUUUCUAGUUUGGAAG